UUUCCGAUGUGAGCCGAAGCGGGCCUCCGGUGGAGCUGCUCUCUUUAAACGGGCUAUUUUUUUCUCUUUGUCCGGCGGCCGCAGCACGACGACCGGUUUCUCCUCUAACGCCAUGUCGGACACAGAUACCCGCCGUCUAAUAACCGCGUGGAACUUGGAUUAAAUCGCUCUAUAGAGGUAAGAAGAGGAGGAAGACGAGGAGGAGGAGGAGAGGAGGAGGAGAGGAGUCUGGAUCCCGGCGGGCAUCAUCACAUGUCACCGCGGCGGACGGAUCCCUGACGAACCGGGGACGAACCGGGGCUCCGGUGCCGUCCUUGCUCCUGCUCGGUGGAGUGUUUUUUUUUUUUUUUCCCCCCCCCCGAUCUGUGUCGUCUCCCCCGGUGAAGCGGCUCCUCUCCCGGGAUGUGCUGAUGUUUCCCACCGCGGGCUGAGCGGCGUUUAACGGAGCUCUUCCUCCACUCCUUCCCUCCUCCUCGGAGGCUUGGAUCCACCUGCGAUGACGUCCCCGGACUCGCCGCCGCUGGUCUCCCCCUCCCCUUGCCCCGCCCCUCCCCCGUCCCUGCCCUCCUCCCCCGUGCCGUCCUCCCCGGCUCCGUCCUCGUCCUCGCUGCCGGCGCCCCCCUCGCUGCCCCCCACGGGGGAGGUGAUGGUUCUGGCCCUGGGCCGUAAGAAGCAGCGGGUCCUCAUCGCCCUGUCCAUCCUGCCCAACCUCUUCCUGGCCUUCCUGCUGUCGUCCGACCCCCUCAUCACGCUGUCGCCGCGCCACCACUGCCACCUGCCGGGCCCGCUGCCCUCGCCCGAGGUGCUGAACGCCUCCCUGCCCUGGGAGAAGGGCGAGCGGGCGGGGGACGGCGGCGGGCUGUCGCAGUGCCGGCAGUACGCCAACGGGAGCCAGUCGGCGGUGGUGGACUGCGAGGACGGCUGGGACUACAACGUGACGGAGGGGCUGAAGAACAACAUCGUCACCGAGUGGGAUCUGGUGUGUGCUCAGUACUGGCUGGUACCAGUGGAGGAGGUGUGCUUCAUCCUGGGGGUCCUGACCGGCUGCCUCGGACUGGGCUACGCCGCUGACAGGCUGGGCCGGUCCAAGACCCUGCUGACCUCUCUGACCCUGUCGGUGGUGUUCGGGGUGCUGGUGUGCGUCUCUCCGUACCCCUCCAUCUUCAUCGUCAUGAGGUUCUGCCUGGCGGCCUCCAGCGCCGGCGUGUACCUCACUCUCUACGUCUCCCGUCUGGAGCUGUGCGAGCCGUCUCUCAGGCUGGUGGCGACCACGCUGGCCGGCCUGACCACGGUGGCCGGCGAGCUGCUGCUGCUGGCCGUGGCGCUGGGCUGCCAGUCCUGGAGGGGCCUGCUGGGGGCCGGGGCCGCCCCGCUCACACUCUUCCUCAGCUACGGCGUUCCCGGCGUGUUUCCAGAGUCUCCUCGCUGGCUCCUCCUCUCAGAACGCUCCGCCGACAUGAACGCCUUCACCGAGAGGAGGAACUCCAACAGAGACGCCAGGGACGACGAGAGCUUCACGGAGCUGGACUCGGAGCCUGCCUCCUCCUUCUCCUCCGCCUCCCCCUCCUCCUCCUCACGCCCCCACCUGUCCUUCCCCGAGCUCUUCCACAGCAGGAACAUCUGGAAGAACAUGUGUGUGCUGGGCUUCACCUCCUUCAUCUCCCACGGCAUCAGUCACUGCUACAGCUCCUUCCGGGGGGACGUCCGAGGCACCGCCCCCAGCUUCUACUGGACCUACCUGCUGUCUGUGUGCGCGGGGGGCGGGGCCUGGCUGUUGCUAUGGGCGACGGCGGACCGGUGCGGCCGCCGCGGCAUCCUGCUGCUCUUCAUGACCAUGACGGGCCUGGCCUCGCUCAUCCUCCUGGGCCUCAUGGAGUAUCUCAGCGAGACGGCCAUCACCGUCUUCUCCGUCCUGGGCCUCUUCUCGUCUCAAGCCACGGCCUCGCUCUGCAUCUUCUUCACCGCGGAGAUCAUGCCCACCAUCAUCAGGGGCAGCGGCGUGGGCGCCGUGCUGGCCCUGGGCUGCGUGGGCCGCCUCAGCUCGCCGCUCAUGGACCUGCGGAACCACUACGGCUACUUCCUGCACCACGUGGUGUACUCGUCCCUGGCCCUGCUGGCCGUGCUCUCCAUCCUGCUGCUGCCCGAGAGCAAGAGGAAGCCGCUGCCCCAGACGCUGGCCGACGGCGAGCAGUACAAGCGCCCCCCGCUGGGCCGGAGGAGGCGGGACAACGUGCCGCUGCUGGCCACGCCCAACCCGGAGACCUAAAAGGAGGAGGAGGAGGAGGAGGAGGAGGAGGAGGAGGAGGAGGACCGGAACGCUCGGCCUCCACUGAGACUGUGGAGGGAACAAGGGCUGCAGCAGAUCCUCGCCGCCGCUGGAAGCGCUUCGAACAUUUCAUCCUGCAGCCAUUCCAGUCCUCGUGUCGGUUUCACACACCAGCAGACAGAGCCGCACGCCGCCGACCCUCCACCCACCCUACCCUGCACCGAGGUUCAGUUCUCCUCACAUUUUUCUAUCACUUCCUGUUUUCUGUCUUUUCUUUUCUCUUUUCUACCAUUUUCCGUGACACUCGUCUGUGUGAGUGAGGAAGGAAACCGUUCUCCGACCAUCGCCUUGUAAAUACACUAGACUUAGUUUCUUUAACUUCUUCGGGGGGAGUUCAGUUGGGUCUUUACAGUUCAGUAUGCUAUGCAGCGGAGAGGCAGCGAGAAGCACUUUGAAUCUUUAUUUCUUUUUAACGAUGGUUAAAACAAUAAAAGACCGUUGCCUUUAAAUUUAAUCGAUGAUCAAUAUUGGGAACAAAAACUUGAAGUGUGAUCCAGUUACUGAAUCUGGCCUGGAGCCGGUCAUAUUUAUAUGUUAUUUAUAUUAUUCUGGAGCAAAAUCAAUGAAUUCUCCACAGAUUUGACAUUUUCAAGCUUUAAAGACCCCAUGAAAUGAGUUCUGAAGGUUUCAAUCCCGUGUUUAUGGACUGAUUGAUCAUUUAUCUGUCAGAGAAUCAUGAAGAUCUUCUUAGAUCAGUUUGCUUCACUACAUUUUUUUUUUUUUUUUUAAUUUAUAUGAAUAAAAGAGGGAGGAGAAGGAAGUUUUCCAGUGUUCAGUGUUGUGAUCGACUGGAUCGCUCAGAGCUGGGAAUUCUGAGUAAACUGGAAAAUUUACACAGUUUUAUUUCAUGGGAUUUUAAGUUCAGUCGGGUCCAAAAAAAAAAAAGAAGAAAAAGACGAUUGAAGACUGAAUCUGUGACGACAUCCGUGCAUGUGUGGAAGCACUGAAGGG